AUUGAAGAAUUCAGUUUUUAGUUCAAAAGUUUGUAAAAAGCUCUGAGGAUAUAUUAGACGUUGAUCAAAGCGGUGCUUUAUUACUAUAGUCGUAAAUUUUUUGUCUAAUCCAGCACGGCGAUAGAGUUAUAAUUUUUCAUUCAAGUAUUGAUUUUUAAAUUCUACGCUUUGGUUAUAAAAAUGUCUAAGCAAGUGGCAGACAUACAGAUCCACGCGGCUGACUCCCAGGAGUCCCUGGACACAGACGACGGUCUGGACAUCAGUGUCGAUCUCAUUGAUGACAACUUGUAUCUUGGUAACCUGGCAUGUGCUCGGGACCGGGACACGCUGCAGAGACUCGGAGUCACUCACCUGCUCACAAUAGAUGUGGUGCCGUUGCCACGCGCUGUGCUUGAUACUACCAAACUACAUGUAGAGUACCUUAAAUUGGCUGAUGUUCCAAAGGAAGAUUUGAUAACUCACCUCCCAGCCACAAAUGAAUACAUCAAGAAAGCUAUCAGCAAUGGAGGGACAGUCCUGGUGCACUGCUACUUCGGCGUGUCCCGCUCAGCAGCGGUCGUCAUAGCGUACAUAAUGGACAAGUACAAGCUCCGCUAUGACGACGCGUUCACUCUGGUCAAGGGCAAGCGGCGGUUCGUGGCGCCCAACGUGGGCUUCGUGGCGCAGCUGAAGCUGUUCGGGCACAUGGGCUGUGAGAUUAACAAGGAGGACCCGCGGUUCAAGCAGUUUAGGUUGAGGCUGGCUGGGCAGAAGCUUAAAGAGGUAAAGAUCCUCCCGCAAAGCUUCCUCGAGCUAGUCAAAGAGGACCCCGGAUUAGCUCGCGAGAGACCCUCCCCGCUGGUGUACCGAUGUGCCUCAUGCCGCCGCGUGCUGGCCACGCAGGGGAACCUAUUGCCGCACAGGGAGAAGGGGGAGCGGGACAAGAGGCGAGGGAGGGAGAAGGGGAGGACGUCAGAAGCCAGCAGUAAAGACAACGGCGAGAUCCUCAUAGAGAAGCUGCAGACCCUGGCAAGUGAGAUGAGCGUGCGGGGCGGCGCCGGCAGCCGCGACUCCAGUGUGGAUAGAGACCACGGUGGAAGCGAAGAAGUGCUGGAUGGCUACAGCGAACAGAACAUGGUAGACGCGUGCAUCGUGCCGGCGGCUGUGACGGGCGCGUGCCGCCGCGUGUGGUUCGUGGAGCCCAUGCGCUGGAUGCGCGGCGUGACGCACGCCAGCAGCGGCAAGCUGCACUGCCCCAAGUGUCAGGCCAAGAUCGGGAGCUUCAACUGGAUUAUGGGUUGCCGCUGUCCGUGCGGGCAGAAGGUGGCGCCGGCGUUCUACCUGGUGCCGUCCAAGGUGGAGUGGGCCAACAUCGUGCAGAACGUGCAGACCACCGUGUGAACACAGCCUUACACUCGCGGCUACCGUGUGAACAGACCU